AGAGCAACGGCUAAGUGAGUAACAACAGCUUUCGAGAAAUGUGAAUCGUAAUGUAGCUGGGUGUGUGAGUGUGACAUGUGCGUUCUGAGUAAGGCAGCUUCGGUCGUAUAUCAGCUGUGUAAUGGACCAGACUAAACCCACUCAACAUAUGUUAAGAAGACAGCCCAGACCCCAAUGCUUUCUUAUUUUUAAAGAUAUUUGAAUUCCAUCAUCUGCUGUGCUGAGAACUUGAUCCGCAUCUCUCAGGAUUACAAAUUGCCACCCCAGAUUGCAGAUGUUACAUUCUCUUCAGAGACCAGAGAAGAAUAACUACAGAAUGUCUGGUGACAGUGCCUGGCGUAAGGGUUCAGGAGAACCUAGCUUUGCUCAAAUAUUGAAAAAGAAUAUCCCUCCAAAACUACCACAACAAGCACUAAACGUAACUUUUACAUCACAGGGCGGAACUGCAGAAGAUUUGGAUUCUGGUGUAUCCAGAGUAAUUCAAAUUUCAGGUCAAUACCCAAAGUCACAAUUUGUUGAAUAUACGAAACCACUCUCAAACACUGCAUUACCACCAAAGAAAGUAUCCAGGGAAUUUAUUGAUAAAUAUAGACGUGGUGAGAUCAACCCAGUUUCAGCCUUGCAUCAGUAUGCACAAAUGUUGCGAAUGCAACUAAUUUUAAAAGAGACAGUAACGACAGGUAAUGUUUUUGGACAAUAUUUUGCAUUCUGUGCUGUAGUUGAUGGGGUUGAAUAUAAAACCGGAAUGGGCCAAAACAAGAAGGAAGCAAAAGCUAAUGCUGCACAAUUAGCUCUUGAUGAACUUUUGGACACAGAACUGAGCAAAACUUCAACUACAGGUCCUGCACCAAUACCUGCUGAACGAAGAGUAAUACCUGCACCGUGUUUGCCUUCAAGAAACCAACCAACAAAGUUAGGUUAUGAAGGAAGGAAUUCUUAUUAUAAAGCUGUUUCUGCAGCCUGCAGAGAUGUUUUCAGCAAGUUGACUGCUAACCUACCUGAGCUCCAGAACUGUAGCAGCUCUUUAGCUGCUUUUGUGGUUGAAAGAUAUGGACAACCUUAUGAAGUUGUUGCAAUUGGAACAGGAGAGAUGAACUGCAACGAUCCUUUGUAUUCUGAAGGCCGAAUCGUGCAUGACUCCCAUGCUGUAGUUACUGCAAGACGCUCGUUGUUGAGGUAUCUUUACAGGCACCUUCUUAUGUUCUACAACAAAAAUCCUGAUGUGGUGAACCAGUCUAUUUUUUGUAUCGACUCUGGAAGGAAAGUUAUUACUGUAAAGGAUCGCACUAAUUUUCACCUUUAUCUGAAUCAACUGCCAAAAGGAGCUGCACAGAUAAAACAGUUGCAUCUGGCUCCUCACUCGAUAUCUACCUUUCAUACUAAUAAGGAGAUGGAACUUCACGUUAUUUUGGAUGGGAAGGUGUUUGCAAUUAGUCACUGCAGUCCUGACAUAACUGCUUCUAGAGUGUGUAGCAUGUCGGCAAGUGAUAAGCUUACUCGUUGGGAAGUACUUGGAGUUCAGGGUGCUCUACUUAGUCACUUCAUUGAACCCAUCUACAUCAACAGUAUUCUUAUUGGUGAUGCCAACUGCAUAGAUACACGUGGAGUAGAGGUUGCAAUUAAACAGCGUGUAGAUGACUCACUGACUUCAAAGCUUCCAAAUUUCUACAUUGUCAGCAAACCACAAAUAUGUCUUACAGAAACUGCCUACCCCUGUCUAACAAAUUCUGUUCAUAAAACCCUCAGUCUGAACUGGUCUCAGUCAGAUUCUUUGGUAGAAGUGGUGAGUGGUACAACUGGAAGGAUUGCUGAAAGCUCACCAUUUAAAAGUGGUACUUCCAUGACCAGUCGCUUGUGCAAAGCUGCCAUGCUGAGUCGUUUCUAUCUUGUUGCAAAAGAAGCAAAUAGAGAAGAUUUAUCUACAGUUCCAACAUAUCAUGCAGCAAAGAUGAUGGCCAAGUCAUAUCAAGAAGCAAAGGUUUUGCUGAAAUCAUCGCUGGUACAUCAUGGUUUUGGUACCUGGCUGAUGAAGAAUCCAAAUGCUGAAGUAUUCCAAAUGCAAUGAGGGAAAAUACUAAGAAGAUCUUGAACUGUAAACUCAAUCACGCACUGUUCGUAUUUUCACAUCUAAAGGCUGAGAUAUAUUAGUGUGAAUAGUAGGCAAAGUGCAAAUUAAACUUUGGAAUGUCUGUUGCUUUAAUUCAUUCUAGAUUACCGUUCCACCAUAGAAAUGUUUGUACCUAAAUAAAUUGCUUUAGAUUUGACUUUAAAGAAAAAAUACCCUUCUUGGAUUCCUUGCUCACUCAUAAGGUCUACAAAAGCAGUGAGGUGAUGAUUAGCAGUUUGUUACUGAGAUUUUUCUGUAAAGGUUCUAAACUGAAAAAUAACAGCGCACUGAAUAACUGGCCAAAAUUCAAACUACCUUAUUGUGAAAUAGACAAUUCUUAUGUAAUAUUAUAUUUGGUUCAUUCGUAUAGCAUUGGAGUGGUUAGUGUUACACACCAUGCUUUGAUUAUCUGACAAAAGAAGCUUCUAAGUAUUUAAUUACCCUGCCUAAAUUAAAACAAUUUGCAUUGUUUGCACCAGAGGCAAUUCUGUACUUGGAAAUGAGUAUGAUUGAAAAUGUGUAUGGUGCAAAGUAGAUGUGAAGCUUUUGUCACAGAGUUAGACAUGAAGUUUAUUUUUUCCAUUAUUAUAGCAUGUAGGAGUAUAGUGCACAACUGUUUUGACCUCAGAAACAAGAAUAUACCAUGCUUCAAAAGUAUACACAUGGUUAAAUUUGUCCAAUUUGUGACUGUGUACACUAGGAAUCCAGUGGCUAGUUGGUGAUGCAUUCCUGUAGGGAAGUGCCUAGCUUUCACCAUUAUAAUUGUAGAAAAUACCAAGUACUAGUACAAAUCCUACUGAUAUAUUCAAUUUGGUAGAAUAUUGAACAGCCCUUCACUUUUUAAAAAAACAUCUGCCUUAUGCUAAUGUAUUUUAUUUGAUCCCCAGGCUGUUGGAAAAGAGAAUGAUUCCAGAAAUCAUCAUAUGAGAAUCCUAACUCAUGAUUUGUUAGGUUGUUAGAACUGCUGUAACUUGUAUAUGUUGAGAUAUUUUCAGAUUUGAAAGCAGUAAAUCCAACUGGUUGAUGUAGAGCAUCUUACACUAAUCUGAUGAAUCAGCUUUAACCCACUAUGUUAUGUUGUGUACAAUUAAAAUGUAUUGUUUAGAAUAUAGUGAGAUAUGUCCAUGCAAUAUGGAGGCCAGUUAGUUUUUCUUCAUAAUUGUGACCUUGAUACAGACUAAGUGUGUGUUAUUGAGAUUUUGAUCCCUCAACUUGGCAUUAAUCAUCUUAUCCAUCCAAUCUUCCUUCAAAAGUUCCUGUACAAGUCACCAUUUCCCUAUCUUCACAAACACAGCCAGCUGUGCAGUCAAGCCAUUACUGAUCUAGCUCUCGAUUACGAGUGAGUACAAGUCAGCCCAGUAAUAAUUCUCAUGAACAUUUUAAAAAAAAACAUGCAGUUUUUGCCAUCCCUGCCUUUCUGACAGGUAGUCCAACUGAGAAAUUAAUUGGAUUGCUUGUCAUGAAAUUGAACAUUAUAUUAUUUCUGCUAUGGAUUAUAGAUACAUAAUCUGAAGAUUCACUUGAACCCAUGAUCUCAACUGUUUUACAGUGAAGAAAUGUCAAAACUACAGUGAAUGAAUGUACCCUUGCACACUACUAGGUCUUAGAAGGUGGGAAAUCAGUUUUUCACACUAAAUUAGAUGGCAGUAGGAAGGAGAGGAGGAAAUCUACGCAGCCCACUUAUUGUAUCUAGGAAAAGAAUUCCAGGUUUAAGCAACCUUCUAUCUCUUUCACAUAGAUGGACUAUGUGAAAGUCCAUCUUCACAAUUCAAAUGCCUUGUUUCUUCUUCCUAGGAUUAGGAGAACCUAAUCCUAGGAAGAAGAAACAAGGUAUUUGAAUUGUGAGGGAGAUGUAAUUGUUAUGUUUGAGCAUAAUAGAACUCUAAAACUAAAACUAAAUACAGCAGGGUUGCAGAAGUCUACAUGAAAAGAAUUGAGUUGUGAUCCGAUUGUCUUAAUACUCUGUGGCUAAAUUAGUUCGAACACAAUUUUGAUAACCAUAAUGCCACAACAUCCAAUACUUGCGCUUGCAAGUUUAAUGCUGAAAUAUAAUGUCAAAGCUUGUGCAAUUAUCUUCUUGUUUUGGAUGAUAACUGGGGAUAUACUUUCCUCCUUGCAGGUCUUAUUUCCUAAAAAAUCUGUCUGUCUGAAUCAGUAAUUCUUUUGGCAGUUUUGUGCACUCGAAAGCAAAGACUGCAGCUACCAGAUUAACAGAUACUGUGUACUGCCCUCUUAAUCAUUAUUGUCCACUUUCUCUUUCCUACUAUUUUUUUGAUUUUUAUUUAAAUCAAUUCUAGUAUUGCUCCCCAAACUCCACACCGAAACAACAAUAAGUCUUUCUCAGAACAUCUUUUUCUUUUCAAUGUUUUGUGCUUCAUAGGGCUGUAAGACAUCUUCCAAAAAAGUAUAAUUUUUGAACACUGGCUAUCAAGGAUUUUUUUUUUUGCAAAGGCAAUUUAAAAUCUAGUGUGUAAAGAUGUGGUCACAUUGAUUAAACAAGUAGAUUUAUCCUUGGCACAUUGGAUGCAUUUUUCAAUCAGGCUUAGUUGCCACUAGGUCACUAAAUUCAGUAGUAACCUACAGGGUCCUGUCUGUUUGUAUGAAUAAAUAGUCACCACAAGGCAGUAUUGAAAUAGGAAAUUGAAGAGAAAUAAAAUUAAGCAACAUUAGGAUUGGGGGUUGUAAGCAGAAAUUUUAAUUUUAAGAUUUACAUUUUGUAAAUCUUUAAUUUUUUGUUACACAUUUUCUGUUAAGCAAAGAUGUUUCUAACAUUUGAACACUUCAUUACUGUAAGACUAUGGUUUGUUUUAGUCAUAGUCACUGAAUUUAUUCAAGGUACUUGAGGUCUAACAUGAGCAACUUUGCAGUAACUACGUUACAUUCACAGAAUUUUGUGAGCCUUUAAAAUGUGCAAAAAGUACUUCUGUAAAUUUAUCAGAUUUGCCAUGAAUGACAAAAAUAAUUAUGCCCUCUUAUUGUCCUACCUUAGAGAGGAGGACGAUAUGGUAAUUGGAGGACUU